AUGAAGCAGAUCCCUGCUUCCCUCGCCGUACGAGAUGGAUCCCUGCCACGUUCCGGCCAUGGACGUAUCUCCUCCAGCCCAGAGGCACAGGAGCGACCUGAGGAGGCGGUGAAGCUGCCCAGAGAGCACCAGCGUGGAGGAGGCUGCGUGUUGCAAGAGAAAAUAACCACAACACCGAUGCUGAGGGAAGAUGGCGGAGAAGCUAGGGGAGAAGUGCCAGUUUUCAAGAGGGCCCCUGCGCUUGGCCGAUGCUUAGGAGCACUUUAUACACGAGGAGAGCGGUGUAUGCGUGUGGCCGUAACCGGCCCUGGCUCCGAGUGCGACCCGCAGCCCUCUCCAAUCCCGAGACUGUGUUUAUUGCAGGCAGCAGCAGGCAUACUGUGCUACGUGGGAGCCUAUGUGUUCAUCACAUAUGAUGACUAUGAUCACUUCUUUGAAGAUGUCUACACGCUCAUUCCAGCGGUGGUUAUCAUAGCUGUGGGGACGCUUCUCUUUAUUAUUGGACUAAUCGGGUGCUGUGCCACGAUUCGGGAAAGUCGCUGUGGACUUGCUACUUUCGUGAUCAUUCUGCUUUUGGUUUUUAUCACUGAAGUGGUGGUGGUGGUUCUUGGAUACAUCUACAGAGCAAAGGUGGAGGAUGAAGUUGAUCACAGCAUUCAGAAAGUCUAUAAUGGGUAUAACGGGACGAAUCCUGAUGCAGCCAGUCGUGCUAUUGACUAUGUACAGAGGCAGCUGCGCUGUUGUGGGAUCCAUAACUACUCAGACUGGGAGAAUACUGUCUGGUUCAAACAAACUAAAAAUAACAGUGUGCCCCUCAGCUGUUGCAAAGCGGCCCUCAGCAAUUGUACUGGCAGUUUGACCCGCCCAAUGGACCUUUAUUCUGAGGGUUGUGAGGCUCUGGUUGUAAAGAAGCUACAAGAGAUCAUGAUGUAUGUUAUCUGGGCAGCACUAGCCUUUGCUGCUAUUCAGCUUCUGGGCAUGUUGUGUGCCUGUAUAGUACUAUGUAGGAGGAGUCGGGAUCCUGCUUACGAACUUCUCAUCACUGGCGGAACCUAUGCCUAGAAGAGAGCGCGAACGGGAGGUUCAAUCUUCUCACUUGUGUGGAAGGUGAAUGGGCCAGCUCUGCUGCGAUAGCUUUGGAGCCCUACGUUAGUCAAAGCCCACCUUUCACAGAUGAGGACAGCUGUAAUGUACACUGGUGAUGGGCAAAGCAACUCAGCUUUCCACCCACCCCUAUAAUUACCUGUGACUUUCACUGUUUUAGCCAGCUAUUCAUGUAUCUAAAUGUUUUAGUAUACUAGUAAACUUUCUAAUUUCAGAGCCAUUUGCAAGUUGACAAGGAAGUCAAAGGAUGUGUGCCUCUUGGUAGGUUACCUCUAAGCAUUAACUGUCUGAUUCUUGCAUAUAGAGAGAGAAUUUGAAAGCCUUCACUACAUGGAACCUUUUUGGCCAAAGUUGUACAAAGGAAGCCGGCUGUAUUAAUUUGGGAAAUAAUGUUUUAAUUUUGCCCCUCACCAGUGUCACUUUUUAAAACACCUAAGUGAAGUCCAGUACACUUUAUAUAUAAAAUUGUACAAAAUGACUACUAACCAAAAUUUUAGAAUCAUGUGACUGCAGUUUUGAUCUUCAGAGAUCAAUUCUUCCAUGCGUUAGUGUUUUAAAAUACAAGCUGGCUUUUCAGGAGUAUGAUGUAUGCACUACUGUUCUAUAAUGAAAUAUUUCAUUUUUCUAUGAAGAGCGUUUUUAUGUGUUGAGUGAACUGUUAGACUGUAGAUCUUCAUUUGGUUUGGAAAUACUGUAGCCAUGUAGAGUAGCAAAGUAGUAUGUGAAAGUGAUCUCAACUGUAAAUAGUAAACCUGAUUAAAUAAAAUCUCUGUAUAUCCUCCCUAUAAA